AUGGAUCCUCUUGACCCCCUCAUGGCUGGCCCUGGUUUGGUGUUCCAACCUCCUGCCGUGGUUUUGAAGCCUCCUCCCUGGGGCACAUCAAUGAUGCUCAAUCAGCCUACCUUUAUCAUGGAGAUCACCAAUAAUAUUGGAAAAAUCCACUUUCAAUACCUGUUCGGACACGCGCCUGGCCUACGCUUUCCAGAGGCCGCUAAUGUCCUCAGCUUCAUUCGAGACAAAUUAAGCGCGCCCAACGCCCCACGAAGUUCCCUGAGCUUGACGGAAUUCAAGACCGUCGCUCCGUGGUGGCAGCCCCCUUACAUCGAUAUCGCAGCCAGCAAAGAGGAGGCAGCGAUGGGGAAUAGAUUCGAGCGGACGGCGUACUUUGGAACCGAGCACCACCCCAACGUCCACGCCGCAGAGAUCGGCGGCCUUAUCCUCACUCUCCGGCUCACGGACGAGGAUACCCAAUUCCAGCAGGACGUGGAGAUCUACUCUUACAACCAAUCUGCCCUCCAAGUGAUCCAGAACCCCCGCCAAAAUAGCGCACAAUGCCUACUCAAAGAAGUCAUACGGCUAAUCGAUUAA